AUGGGAAGAACACCUUGCUGUGACAAGAAUAAUGGUCUCAAGAAAGGACCAUGGACAACUGAAGAGGAUGAAAAACUCAUUGAUUACAUUCAAAAACAUGGUUAUGGCAAUUGGAGAACACUCCCAAAAAAUGCCGAUUUGCAAAGAUGUGGCAAAAGUUGUCGUCUUCGUUGGACAAAUUAUCUCCGACCUGAUAUAAAACGUGGUCGAUUUUCAUUUGAAGAGGAAGAAACGAUAAUUCAGCUCCAUAGUGUUCUUGGAAACAAGUGGUCUACAAUUGCAUCUCGAUUACCAGGAAGAACGGAUAACGAAAUAAAGAACUACUGGAACACUCACAUUAGAAAAAGGCUUUUGAGAAUGGGAAUCAACCCGGUAACACAUACUCCAAGACUUGAUUUAUUAGACUUCUCUUCAAUUCUAUGUUCAUCUCUCUAUGGCUCAUCACCAUCAUCAUUAUCAACAUCAUCUCAAAUCAACAACUUCCAAACACUCCUUAACAUGCAACAACAACCAUUGGUGAACCCUGAGCUUCUAAAACUAGCUUCCUCACUCUUCAACACCUCAUCACACCACCAACAACAACAAGAUUAUAGUAAUAAUCAACCUUGUAAUCCUCAAACACAAAACCAAGUUCCACUUUCACAUUUUGUCCAAUUCCAAGACCAAAUCCAACAAGUACCUAGUACUAAUUCAAGUGUUUCUUCUUCAUUUCCUAAUAAUCAUUCACAUUUGUUUGAACCAAAUGUGAACACAUAUCCAUUAAAUUUCACCGACCAUAGUAGUUACAACAAUCAAGAUUCUGUGCCUGAUAUUGAUUGGUUGGAAAAUAAUGGGUUUGGUUUAAGUACUUUUAAAGAGGAUUAUAUCCCUCAAUUAUCAAGCUAUAAUCAAUAUUAUGGUUCUGAUUAUAAUCAAAAUCUUAUGAUUAAUCAAACUUCAAACCAAGUUCUAUCAACACCAUCUUCAAGUCCAACACCGAUGAAUUCGAACUCCACGUGUAUCAUUGGGAGCAAUACAGAAGAUGAGAAAGAAAGCUAUGACAGUUGUAAUAACAGAAUGAAAUUUGAAAUCCCGUUGCAUAUUUUAGAUUCUAAUGAGUUCAUGUAA